UCUUUAAACACACAGCUGUCAAUAAGAUCCAAUAUGAAGUACCUCUUGAUCGGCACUGCACUUUUUCUGCCUUACUGCUUUGCUAUCCCAGUAGCAACCAUACCUGCAGCACAAAGUAUUGGGGACUUCAAGUUUCUACAGGUUUAUCUCGACAAAUUCUUCCCGACAUUUCGUAAAGCCGCCGGCCAUGGCAUGGAAGAACAGCUCGAAGAAAUGCAGAGAUUCUUCCAUUUGACUGUCACAGGAAAAAUGGACGAUGAAACAAUGGCAAUAAUGAAGCAGCCUCGCUGUGGAGUCCCGGAUGUUCCAGAAUACCGCAAAGCUGCAGCAGUAUCAAGGUGGAGGAGAAACACACUGACUUACAGGAUUAAUAACUACACUCCUGAUAUGCGUAGAGCCAAAGUGGAUGAGGUGAUAGCAAAGGCAUUCAAGGUGUGGAGUGAUGUGACCCCACUGCAGUUCAAAAGAAUUUCAUCACCAGCUGAUAUUGAAAUUUUUUUUGCAUAUGGUGCCCAUGGUGAUGGUGGCCCUUUUGACGGAAGAGGAGGAACUUUGGCUCACGCUUAUUUUCCUGGAUCAGGCCUAGGAGGAGAUGCUCAUUUUGAUGAAAGUGAACACUGGUCAGAAUACAACAGAGAGGUCAACCUCUUCCUUGUUGCUGCACAUGAACUUGGCCAUUCCUUGGGGCUGGACCAUUCAAAUGUUCGUGGGGCUUUGAUGUUCCCUACCUAUUCUUACCAGAAUCCAAAUAACUUCAGGCUCCCAUCUGAUGACAGGCGAAGAAUUCAGAGAUUAUACGGAAUGAGGAAAUGAACCCCUUGAAGAACCUCAUUACGCAUUUCAGCGACAUCAAAUAUUUAUAUCUUG